AUGUCGACGCAAUGUCCUGCUUGUUCCCAUGAUGAUUUCACAGUCACCGGUCUCAGUCAGCAUCUCGCAAAGAGCCGCAAUCCACUUUGUCAAGCACUUUACCAUCAGUCAUGCUCCCAAAUAUACACACAAAUGGAGCCGAACGAUCCAUAUCAUAACAAGUUGGAAGAGUUUGAAAUGGAUGGAGGUUAUGGCAAGGAUGAGUUUGUGUGGGCUGCAGAGCAAACCAGUGGUAGUUAUGCAGAUGAUGAUGACUCGGAUGUGUCCACCGUGGAUGAUGAUGAGCUGAAUUUUGAAGCAGAAUGGGAGCCUCCGGUUGAAGGGGAGCCUCCAGUUGAAGAGGAGCCUCCGGUGGACGAGGACGAGGAUGAGGACGAUCAAUGCAAUAGUACUUGCUGCCAGGAUAUUCAAUUACAUGUGCAAGGUCAACAUGGUUGUGUCAUCGUACCCUACCCAGAUCCACGUGCUGGCCAACAAAUAACCAAUCAAGCAGCCAACUGUCAUGCUGCAAACAUGGAAUAUGGGGCUCGAUUCAACGCAGAGCAGGAGAAUCUGUAUCAUCCUUUCACUUCGAGGAUGGAUUGGGAAGUUGCAAGAUGGGCCAAACUUUGUGGACUUAGUUCGACGGCAUUGUCAGACUUGCUUGCAAUUGAAGGUGUCUGUGAAUGCUUGUCGCUGUCCUUCAAAAAUGCGAAUGAGCUGGAUUCACUCAUUGACCAUGAACUUCCAACUGGCCGCCCAAAGUUCAAAAGGGAACAGAUCAUUGUCGCCGGCAAAGCAUUUGAUGUCUAUUACCGCAACGUGAUCAAAUGUGUCAGGUCACUGUAUAGUGAUCCUGACUUCGCCAGAUAUCUGGCUUUUGUCCCUGAGCGGCAUUAUGCUAAUGAGGAUAAGACAGUUCGGCUCUUUCAUGAUAUGCAUACAGGCAAAUGGUGGUGGGAUACACAGAAAAAACUUGAUCAGCACAGUCCGGGCGGCACCAUCAUUCCCAUCAUUAUCUCGUCCGACAAAACACAAUUAACCUUGUUCCGCAACAAGGCUGCUUAUCCUGUCUAUCUCACUAUUGGCAACAUCCCAAAAGAAAUUCAACGCAAGCCUUCAUGCGGUGCUUCGCUGUGCCGCCGAACUAUGGCAAACUUAUAUCAUGCUUGCUUACACUGUGUACUCACUCCACUGAAAUCUGUUGGACUUGAUGGACUUCGUAUGGCUAGCGUGGAUGGCGCUCUCCGCCGUUGCCAUCUAUUAUUUGCUAGCUUUGUCGGUGACUACCCAGAGCAGCUCCUUGCUACUGGGAUCAAGUUCGGAGAAUGUCCAAAAUGUGAUGUUGAUGCUGAUAAAACAGGUAGCAACACAGCACCAUUUCAUCUACAGAAAAUGAGCAAGGUGCUUGAUGCCCUCGCUGCUCUUGAUGAUGGGAAUCUAUCCUUUGUUCGUGCUUGCUCAGCUGCAGGUAUUAAGCCCAUUGUCCAUCCUUUCUGGGAAGAUCUCCCAUUCACCAAUAUUUUCCGUGUGAUCACACCGGAUGUGUUGCACCAGCUACAUCAGGAAAACCCUCCCGGGGAAAAAAUGUUAUAA